CCGCGGUGUGGCGUCCCGGCGGAAAAGUCUAAUUUUUCCUCGUUCACCGCAGGUAGUGAUAUCGCCAGCUGAAGUGUGAAUAGCUCGAGGCACUGUCCAUCCGCAACCGAUUGCCGCGUUACAAAGCACCCUGCGCCUGUAGUUUUCUCUGCAGCUUGGGCGACGACGGUCUUGCAAUCCAGUCACCAUGAUCUCCAUCCGCGUGCCAUGCUCUUCGGCGAAUAUAGGCCCCGGGUUUGAUGUCAUUGGUCUUGCACUAUCGGUAUGGCUCGAGCUCCAGGUCACCAUUGGCGAGAAGGCAUCCACGGCGUCCAAAUACAACUGCCGAAUCACGUAUGAGGGCUUGGGAAAGGAGGAUGUGGAGCUUGUCGCCGACCGCAACCUAAUCACACAGACUGCGCUCUAUGUGUUGCGAUGCCAUGGCUGGACGGCUUUCCCGGAGGGCACGCAUGUGCAUGUCAUCAACCCCAUUCCACUCGGACGCGGUCUGGGAUCAUCUGGAGCUGCUGUCGUCGCUGGGGUGUCGCUGGCGAAUGAAGUCGGAAAACUCGACAUGUCCAAAGAUCGUAUCUUGGACUUUUGCCUCAUGGUAGAGAGACAUCCGGACAACGUUGCCGCAGCCCUCUACGGCGGCUUCGUGGGAUCCUAUCUCAAGGAGCUCAACCCGGAAGACAUGAAACGGCGGGAGAUUCCGUUGGCGGAGGUUCUUCCGGCACCACAAGGAGGUGAAGACACCGGUCUUACUCCUCCAGUGCCGCCGAAGGAUAUUGGUAAACAUAUUCGCUUCCCUUGGGCCAAGGAAAUCAAAUGCAUCGCCAUCAUCCCCGAUUUCGAGGUGUCUACCGCCAAGGCCCGGAGCGUCCUUCCACAGACUUACGACAAGGCCGAUGUCAUCUACAAUCUGCAACGAGUCGCCCUUCUCACAACCGCGCUUGGCCAAAGUCCACCAAAUGCCGACAUGAUCUACGACGGCAUGCAGGAUAAAGUCCAUCAGCCAUAUCGCAAGGGUCUCAUCCCUGGUCUCACGGAGAUCCUCCAAUCAGUGACGCCAAGCAGGAAUCCUGGUCUGCUGGGCAUCUGUCUUUCCGGCGCCGGCCCAACCAUUCUCGCACUCGCAACUGAAAACUUUGAGCAGAUUGCCCAUCAUUUAAUUGCGCAAUUCAAGGCCGAGAACAUCACCUGUGACUGGAAGUUGCUGGAGCCGGCUUAUGACGGCCUCACUGUAACGUACGGUGCCCAAGCUCAAGCCAGCGCAGAGUCUGCCAUGACAUAUGCUGAUGCAGGCGUGUCAAUAGAGGCCGGUAACGAGCUUGUGCAAGCCAUCAAAGCUGCUGUGGCCUCGACGAGACGCCCUGGGGCGGACGCAGAGAUUGGAGGGUUUGGUGGCGCGCUUGAUCUGGCAGCAGCAGGCUACACCGAGCCGCCGAUUCUCAUACAAGCCAUCGAUGGUGUCGGGACCAAGCUCAAGAUUGCCUUUGCCAUGGACGACUUUUCUACGGUGGGCAUCGACCUGGUCGCCAUGAAUGUCAACGAUCUGGUGGUGCAAGGAGCCGAGCCUUUGACGUUCAUGGACUACUACGCAUGCUCCAAGCUGGUUAUUCAAGAUGCGGUGCGGUUCGUGGAGAGUGUUGCAGAGGGAUGCAAACAAGCAGGUUGUGCUCUGGUCGGCGGUGAGACCGCGGAGAUGCCGGGGAUGUAUCAAGGGAAGGAAUUCGAUGCCGGUGGCGCCGCUACGGGUGCGAUCAAACGGGGCCAGAAGGUGCUGCCGGAUAAGGAGUCCAUGAAGGAGGGUGAUGUUCUCAUUGGCUUGCCGAGCAGUGGUGUUCACUCGAACGGCUUUUCACUGGUUCGGAGGGUGAUUGAAAAGCAUGGGUUGUCUUUUGGGCAGACGGCCCCAUGGGAUGGCAGUCAGACUGUGGGAAGGAGCCUCUUGACGCCCACACGCAUCUACGUCAAGCCGUUACUGGCGGCAGUACAAAAGGAUCUCUUGCUCGGCAUGGCGCACAUUACCGGCGGCGGCUUGGAAGACAACAUCCCCCGAAUGCUGCCGAAACACUUGGGCGCGGAGUUGGAUGUAUCGUCGUGGGAAGUACCUGGCGUGUUGAAGUGGUUGAAGCAGGCAGGCAACAUCAGCCACAAGGAGUUUGCGCGGACAUGGAACACUGGGCUGGGGAUGGUCAUUGUUGUGCAGCAACGGAAUGUUGAUGCCGCGAUUGAUGUUCUGCAAGGUGCAGGGGAAAAGCCGGCACGGAUUGGAAGGCUUGUGAAGAGAGGGGAGGAAGCUGUGGUUUUGCAUGGAUUGGCACACUGGGAUUGAUGACGGCGUUACUUAUAUGGGAGAGAUUGACGAGCGCCGGAAUCUACAGCACCUGGGACAUUCGGGCAGAUGAAUGCAGCGGUGCCUGGGGACUCGAAACUCAUGCUGCAUGUCUACAGGAUCGGACGAAGCAUAGCCGACUCGCGGUUUCAGAAAACCCGAGUCCAUGCCCAACCAGCAGAUACUCGAGAAUGAUCUUUGGAAUGCGAUCCGUCUUGUCAUUGUAGAUGGCACGGUUGUAGCAGGGUUUCCGAGAGUAAGCCGAGUAGCAACAUCGCAGAGGUGGGACGUCCGUGGGCUUGCCAAACACUUCACCUCAGUCUCUUCGACUCGGUUUGCAAGAUCUAAAUGUCGCCCAAGCCCUGGCCGAGGUUGGUGUCGUUGACAAAUUCCAUUCCAUUCUCCGCCACCUACGCUUGAUGCAUAUGUAAUGGGAAUACGGCAAGUGGCGGAGCUGAGAUCCCCGCCCGCCCAG